AUGGCAUUCUUGUUGGCCGGCAAUGCACCAAUUGUGCUAGCACUCUCGGUAGGUCGACCUCAGUGUACAUCCGCUCGAACCUUUGAUGACGAUUUGCUUAGCUCAUUGGAUAUAUGGUCUCGAGAAUCAUCUACGACCUAUUCUUCCAUCCCUUGUCAAAAUUCCCUGGGCCAAAACUUAAUGCUAUUAGCGAAUUGCCUGGAAUCAUUGCUCUAUUGAAGGGACGCCUAGCUCUAGAGAAUAAGAAGUUACACGACAGGUAUGGUAGUGUUGUUCGGGUGUCUCCUAAUGAGCUAGCCUUCAACUCUGUUCAAGCGUGGGAAGACAUCUAUGGCCAUCGCCCAGGGCACGCGAAUUUCCACAAAGAUCCAAUCCACGUCGGGUCAGUCGAGGCGGUGCCUGGAGUGACGACUUUGACCAUGGCGGACGACGAGAAUCACGCCCGGCAGCGCAGAGCUUUGUCACACGCUUUCUCUCAGAAGGCUCUGCUUGAACAAGAAUACAUCGUCAAGAGCUAUGUGGACCAGCUCAUUGACCAUAUGAAGAGGAUGGUUGAGAACGAUGAGGCGUUCAACUUGGUCAAUUGGCUCAACUUCACUACUUUUGAUAUGUGUGUCGAUCCAUCCCAACAACCAUUUCACUGUUGUGCCUGACAUUACAUUAACAGCAUCGGCGACCUUGCAUUCGGAGAGCCUUUCGGUUGCCUCACCGAUGGCCACUUCAACGAUUGGGUCUCCCUCAUCUUCGAAACAGUCAAAGCAGGCGCAAUCGAGCAAGCGACUCGUCGCUUUGCUGAAGCAGGCUCAUUGACCCAAGACACCCUCCUGAAGCUCAUUCCCGCCCGAGUCCGUGGCUAUCGUACCCAGCAUCUCCGCCGGUCUCGCGAGAAAUGCCUAAAGCGCCUUGAGGCGAGUAAUAACAAACAUCGAGAUUUCAUUUAUCACAUCCUCAAACAACAGGAGAAACACGACCUCAAGCAGGACGAGGUUAUUGUGAACAGUGCACUUUUCAUAGUCGCAGGUGAGCACGUUUUCCCAUCACAAAAGCGAUCCUCUACGAUCUUGCAUGCUAAACUGUCCUCUUCUUGGAGGGUCCGAGACGACGGCAAACGCACUGUCCGGCCUCCUUGCUCGUCUAAUCUACAACCCGGACAAAUACGAGAAGCUCACCGACGAGAUCCGCGCCGCGUUUACUUUGGAAUCUGACAUCAGCUACGCGGCUCUAUCAGAACUCUCGUAUCUAAAUGCUUGCAUUGAAGAAGGCCUUCGGAUCCAUCCUCCGGUGCCACAAGGCUUGCUUCGCACCGUGCCUAAGGACGGAGACACCAUCGAUGGCCAUUGGGUUGCAGGAGGGACUUCGGUUGCAGUAGGUGGGUGGGCAGCGAGUCAUAAUCCCGAAAACUUCAAAGAUUGUGAUUCUUUCAUUCCGGAGCGGUGGCUGGACAAAGAAUAUGAUUCCGACAAGAAGAAAGCCAUGCAACCAUUUAGUCUAGGGCCGAGAGGAUGUAUCGGACGACAUCUCAGCUAUAUGGAAAUGCGGUAAGUUCCAAGAGCUUCAGGUGAUCUUGUUUGUUGAGAGUCUUAAGCUGAUAUUCCAUCACAGGUUGAUUCUUGGGAGACUUUUGUGGAAUUUUGACGUUGUUAGUGUUGAUGGGGCAUGGCAGUGGAAUCCAGAAGGGGAGAUGAGGAAUAUGAGGGCCUUUACAACAUGGGAGAAGGUGAGUGUCAUUCCGAAUGGAUCAAGUCAUCGUUUGCUGACGGCUUUAAGCCUGAUCUCAACGUCAAAGUGA